GUGAUUAUAUAAUUUCUCCGGGUAUAAAUGGGACGACACGUUUUAUGAUCUUUGUUUACAUAAAUUGAGCAAAACAAGUGGAAUGACUACGUAUUUCGGGAUAUUUCGUUCGAUCUUUCAAUCUGCCGUUGAAGUAUGGCCUCAAAGACGGAUAAGGUGGACUUUUUUAGCAGAUUUUGUAAACGACAUGGGUCAUUAUGGAAGAAUUUCAUGGUCUGACAUCGCUAUCGUGGGUACAAUUGCAGUUGUUUUUACACUGCUUCGCGCGUUUCUCACAUCCUUUGUGUUCAAGCCUUUUGCUAUGCACAUGAACUUCACACCAAAGAAUAGAAAGAAAUUCCCAGAAAGCAUGUGGAAAUUCCUGUACUACUUUAUCAUGUAUAUAUACACUUGCUUUGUGUUGUUUGGGAGACAUAGUGAAUUGUAUAAAGACCCUAGAACAUGCUGGUCAGUAUGGUCAGUUGGUAUGGCAGUUCCAGCUGAUAUCUAUUUUUUGUACUGUAUACAAACAAGCUUCUAUAUACACUCUAUUUAUGGUACUGUGUUUAUGGACAUGUGGAGAAAGGAUUAUAUAGCAAUGAUCAUACAUCAUGUACUCACUGUGUUCUUACUGUGCUUUUCAUUUGCUGUCAGGUAUUACAAAGUUGGUGUAUUGGUACUAUUUCUCCAUGAUCUUUGCGAUGUGUUACUGGAGUUCACAAAGUUAUGUGUUUGUUGGAAAACCAGAAACAAUAAGAAACAUUUUUGGCCAGAGGUUUUAAUAAACAUUUGCUUUUUGGCAUUUUCACUUUCAUGGUUUUAUUUUCGGCUGUACGUCUUUCCUUACAAAGUUCUAUAUCCCUCUGGAUAUUACGCAGUGAAAGUGUUGCCUCAUGCACCAUUCUAUUACUUCUUUAACGGCUUACUGUUUUUCCUCUUCGCAAUGAAUGUUUGGUGGUUUCACUUUAUAAUCCUACUUAUCUGGCGAGUGGCGACAGGACGGAGUACUGAAAUAGAAGACACUAGAGAAGUCGGAACACCAGAGGAAGAGCAAGUUGACCAUGAUGUCAAUUCACACAGAACAAAUGGCAAUGGAAUGAACGGAACAACCCAUACAAUCAAAAACGGCUCGGCGAAAGGCAGUCAAACAACCAGAAAUGGCUACGUUCAAGAUUUACACUUAAGGCAACGACAAACAGAAAAUACCCCCGAAAGUGAAACAUAAAAAUUUUAAAAUAGCCAUUUUAAGGCUCUUCGAAUCGCUGUAUAGAGAGAGAAUGAAUAGUUCUAUUUCGUGAAAGUAGACAAAUUCUUAUGAAAUGCAGACGAAUCUUGUUGCCCCAAAUCUACGACACGAUCGUGACAUAAAAACAGCCGCUUGUGUUAGGAACCCAGAUUUUAACUGUUUAACAGUACGGCUCUGACAUCGACAUUGCUUACCAAAAGAAUUCCAUGUUCAUGAUUUUUAUCUUUGACUUAAAAUUCGUUGUGAAACGAUGAAAUUAAUAUCUCACGUCCGCGUCGUAUAUUUCGUGCAUCUUAAACUCACUAAACCAGAGCGCGAAGUAGAUAUAUA